AUGAAUGCCACUGAAGCAGAAAUUGGGCUUGAGUUUAACAAAACCACACCACUUGUGGAACUCCCCAGGAACGAAGAUGUACAAAAAACAUUAGCAGCUGCUAUAGACUCACACUCUAACAACACUAUCUUGAAUGUGCCAUUUUCACCUGGUUCUGUCCAAGUAUUACGCACACCUUUGCCAACCACACUGCCCACUACAAAUUCAACAGAAACUACCAUCGCUCCAAACUCAACCACAACUCCAUCUUCUACAGUUAAACCAACAACCAAAAUACCUCCAACUGUGGAGGCAACAGUCACAAGGAAACUGACUUUUAGGUCUCUUGGUGAGACCUUCACCACUGACUUGCUGAACCCAUCAUCUGCCGCAUUUAAAAAUCGAGCUGCACUUAUAAAGUCAAACCUUGAACCGCUCUUCCAGAGAGAGUUUUCUACGUUACGCGACUUCAUUGUAACUUCAUUCAGCAACGGAUCAAUUAUCAACAACAUGGACCUUAAAUUUUCAGCAGCGUUUCUACCGACCAACAUUCAAAUUGCAGAGGUUUUGCUGAAAGCAGCUUCGAACGUCACAGCUUUCAACAUCGACACCGCUUCUAUUCUUGUGGAUGACACACCGGUAUCAAGUGGAGUAAGCCACAACAUCAGCCUCAUCACUGCACUCAGCAUGGUCCUGCUGUCAUGGCUUCUUUCAAACCAGCAAUAACGUCUCUGCUGGUUUCCAGAGAAUGAUGUGCUGGAAAAUAUCAAAUCUUACUGGUGUGAAGAAGGACAUUGUAAAAAUUUACUCACGACACUUUAAAACUUUAAAAACAUUUAUUGAAACUUGAUGCUGUAUAACAGUGACUGUGUUUAUUUGGAUUGUCAGUCUAUUCAAGUUUGUUCCUAUCAGUUCUUUCUUAUUUAUUUACAUAAACUUGAUUAUUAUGGUAAAUUAAUAUAAUUUAUAAUUUUGAAAGGUAACAUGAAGGACUAUUUAAUGAAUGACUAUUUAGGUCAGAGACUGUUUAGCUAA